AUGUCUGACAACGAGAACGGCGAGAACGGCGACGAGCUCGUAACCAAGCCCUUCAAGUUUGUCACUGGCUUCGAUGCCCGCUUCCCCAACCAGAACCAGACCAAGCACUGCUGGCAAAACUACGUCGAUUACCACAAGUGCAUCAUCGCCAAGGGCGAGGACUUUGCCCCCUGCCGCCAGUUCAUGUUGGCCUACAAGUCCCUGUGCCCCAGCGGCUGGACAUCGCGAUGGGACGACCAGCGUGAGGCUGGCAACUUCCCCGUAAAGCUCGACCAGUAG